AAGCUGCUUGCCAACAUGGUGUAUCAGUAUAAAGGCAUGGGGCUGUCCAUGGGCACCAUGAUCUGUGGCUGGGAUAAGAGAGGCCCUGGCCUCUACUAUGUGGACAGUGAAGGAAACCGGAUCUCGGGGGCCACCUUCUCUGUAGGUUCUGGCUCUGUGUAUGCUUAUGGAGUCAUGGAUCGGGGUUACUCCUAUGACCUAGAGGUGGAACAGGCCUAUGAUCUGGCCCGUCGAGCCAUCUACCAAGCCACCUAUAGAGAUGCCUACUCAGGAGGUGCAGUCAACCUCUACCAUGUCCGGGAGGAUGGCUGGAUCCGAGUCUCCAGUGACAAUGUAGCUGAUCUACAUGACAAAUACAGUGGUUCUACCCCUUGAAGGAGGGUGGAUGUGGCUGCUUGCAUUUCAUGGGGGGACUAUUGCUGGUAAUGUGGAUAUAGCUCCCUGUCCUGUAGUGGAAGGGUCCUCAAUUGUAUUGAUAAUUUUUUUAAGCUCUGGUGCCGUUGACCUCUAUGUGUUACUAGUUGUUAAUGACCUGCUGCAGAGGUGAUUUUACUUUCUUGGAUGUUAACAUUACACUACUCGACCUCA